GCUUGAGGCAGCGCACCGGACCGACGGAUUCUCCGAGGGGAGGCUCCGUAAACGAGGCCGGGGUUUUUGCAUUGCGCGGCAGGCAGGAAGGUAGUCGACGCUCUCGCAGAACGACCACCAGCACGACCAGCACAACAACGUCCGGCUCGACGUUGAUACCUUUACCCGACGAAGUGGCGCAGCCCGCGGCUCUUUUGGCUCCCGAAGAGGACUCAUGGUCCACCAGCUCUUCCACUACGACCAAUGUUCCACUGUCCUCAGACGCGGUCGACACGUCGUCCAAUCCACCUCUCGAGUUUGUGGUGAAACCACAUAGUAAAGUCGUCCUGCCUUGCGAGUUGGAAGGAAAUUCCUCGAGAUUAUUACUGCCCGGAGCGAGGAGUUACAGAAUACGACCGGCAAUGUGGCUACACGAGGGCAGUCCGGUAGAUAUGAUCACGAUAGACACGAAAACGGAAAUGAGCGGAACCGGGCACCGGUACAUAGGCGACUCAACUACCGCGUCAUUACACAUAGACAACGUCAGAUUGGAGGACGACGGUGUGUGGAGCUGCAUGUUGGAAGACGACGGAGACAGGAUCUUCUUCGGCAAAUCGGUGAAGUUGGUCGUGCUCGAGGCACCUCGCGGGACUUAUCUGCUGAUCGAUGGCCGCCGGUUAGAUCCCGGAAACCAGUUCGUGCCGGUAAAGGAGGGUUCGGAACUGACUCUCGAGUGCGCCGCCGAGGGUGGAAACCCGCCGCCCGUUCUCGCGUGGGGCAUGACCUUGUCUCAAGCGACCUUAGACGGGCCGGAACAACCGCCGGACAACCUUACCGUAUUGCCCUCAACAUCCGGCAGACGUAGCGGGGCACAUCUUAAGGUCCUGAGAGGGCAUCAUAAUGCCACCAUCGUCUGCGUCGCGCGUCACAUCACGCUGAUGAUGCCGAUGAACGCCAGCAUUUUACUCGACGUACAAUAUACUCCGUCGUUCGCGAUAACGCGUUUACCUGGUUUUGGAAUUCCAAUUGUCGAGGGGAUGUCCGUCAGCUUGAAAUGCGAAGUGGACAGCAAUCCGGCCAGUGCUCCAAUUUGGCAACGCGACAAUGGUCCGCCCCCCGUGGAGCAGAGCGAUGACGGAUGGUUGAACUUCACAAAAAUCACUCGGGCCGAGAGCGGCUGGUACAAAUGCUACACACGGCAUAUGCUCGGCAUUUUCACCAGCAUCGGAUAUUUUCUCAACGUUCGCUAUGAUCCAGAUAUGGAGACCGAGGCGGAGGCGCUCAACGGCGAGGCGACCGAUUCCCGAAGAAUGGAAGUGCAGAUCGGCGGCGCGGUGACGCUCGAAUGCGACGGCGGUUGCUGGGGCCACGGACCCGGCAUGGAUCCGGUCGGCGGACCCGGACCCCUUGCUCUGAGUCGAGUGGUGUAUCAGGAUGGAGGGGAGUACCGAUGCGUCGCGCCUGAUCGAAAAAUGCAAGACACGUGGCGAGCGCAGUUACCGUAUCACAUCAAAGUUACCGCGGUAAAUAAGAUACUCCGUUAUGAAGCCAGCGAAUCGCAAUAA